AUGACGAUUGCGUCGGCCAGCUCAGAGACGUUGAGGGCGGAUAGAAAUGUGGAUGAGACGACCCCUCUGAACCCUGCAGCUUCGGAUACAAACGUCACGAAUGUAUCGGAUUACCAAACUGUCUCCAAGGGGCCAACAAGUGAUGUCCAAAGCAGCCAUGACACGGACGAAGAACGUCCGCUAGUCAGUCCAGCAGAGCCCUCGGAGAACAACAAAGUGCAGGCGUUGGCUAGCGUCAAGACAAUUAUUGCUGUAUUACUCCUGGGCGAAUUCAUCUCCAAUGCAGACACUACUCUCGUAAUGGCUACGACAGGAAAGAUCUCGUCUGAAUUCGAUCGUUUGCGCGAUGCCAGCUGGCUGGCCACGGCUUUCACGCUCGGUCUCUGCGCAGCACAACCCAUGUAUGGCAAACUGAGCGAUAUCUAUGGCCGCAAGCCGCUGCUGCUCUGGGCAUACUUUUUCUUCGGCCUCGGAUGUAUAAUUAGUGGCAUCGGCUCGAGCAUGUUGACCGUGAUUCUGGGGCGUGCCAUCAGUGGCCUGGGCGGUGCUGGAACAAUGGCGAUGGGUGUGAUUAUCAUUACAGAUAUUGUUCCACGGCGAGAUGUUGCUCAUUGGCGUGCGUAUGUCAACAUCGCCAUGACUCUGGGUCGAAGCGCAGGAGGUCCGAUUGGUGGAUGGUUAGCAGAUACCGUUGGUUGGCGAUGGUCAUUCCUUCUUCAGGGCCCGCUCACUGUGUUGGCUGCCUUGCUCGUCGUUUGGAAGCUCAAGCUUACAACCCCCACCACAAACAAGGAUAUUCGCAGGGUCGACUUCCUCGGGACAUCUCUCCUCGCCGUUGGCAUUAUCACUACAACCCUCAUUCUCGAUCAAGCUGGAAAGGCCUUUGCUUGGGUCUCUCUUACCACUGCUUAUCUUGGCACCGCUAGCGUGGCUGCAUUCGUUUCAUUUAUCGUUGUCGAGUUAUACGUGGCUCCAGAGCCAAUCUUCGACCUGCGGAUCUUGCGCCGCACCAACGUGCUUCCCAGUUACCUCAUCGGAGCUCUGCAAAUUACCGCGCAGGUUGGUAUGAUGUUCUCAGUUCCCUUAUACUUCCAGGUCACAUCUCGCGCCUCAGCCACAGUCGCGGGCGGGCAUCUUGUUCCCGCAGUGAUUGGCAAUACGCUGGGCGGCUUGAUCGCCGGUGCCUCCAUUCGACGAACAGGCCAGUUCAAGGUCUUCUUGAUUGUGGCUGGGCUGGUUGCGUCGGUCACUUACCUCCUGCUUUUCCUCCGGUGGAAUGGCAACACGGGCUUCUGGGAAUCACUGUAUAUCAUUCCGGGCGGGAUGGGAACUGGCUUCGCGUCGGCUGCGGCCUUCGUCAGUAUGACCACCUUCCUGGUGCCUCAGGAGAUUGCCAUGGCCACUGGAGGCUACUUUCUGCUGUUCAACUUCGCGAUGACUGCUGGUGUGACUGUCACGAACAGUGUUCUGGGAACCGUCUUCAAGCACCAGCUGGAGCAAAAUCUAACAGGGCCCGGAGCAAAGAAGGUAAUUGAGCCCAUGUGCAUCCUACUCUGUAUGAUCGAACGGGCUCUGUCUGAUACGGAUUAUAUCAAUGGGCUCAGUGGACAUGUUCAUGACAUUGUGGCCCGCGGGUACGUUACGGGACUCAAAUACACAUACUUGUUUGCUCUAUCUCUUUCGCUGCUCGGGUCGCUGGUGGGCUGGACAGUCCGAAAGCAUCAACUGUAA